UCUGAGAUAGAACGCACGUGCCUGCGUGUGUGUGUGUGUCUGUGAUGUCACUGAUUAGUAGCUCUGUAUAGCUACAUAAGACGGCCACGUAAGUGCCUUGUGUUCUUUCCCGUUGUAUUGCAAGUGGCAAUAAACACGUGUUCUGGCAAGUAGGCUACUGCGUACUUGAAGACACAACAGUGGCGACGAGGGUGGGAUACGAAUAGCGGACGAUAGCCACGGCUGAAGUGCUGGUUGCGGCUCCAGCUGUUUGGGAACAGCAGGCGUCUAGGCGGACUACCACAGCAUGGCUUCCUUCGGCCGCUUCGAGUCGUUCACGGAGGAGGGAGACGAAGACUUCGAAUCUUACGUGGAACGCUUUGAACACUACAUCCGGGCCACCCAGGUCAGCGACGACUUGAAGGUAUCCGCUUUUGUGACUGCCAUUGGAAAACAGGCCUACCGCACGUUGAAGAAUUUGUUGGCCCCAGUGAAGCCCGAAGCCAAAACCUACGACGAACUGGUCAGGGCUCUAAAAGGGCACUAUUCACCGAAGCCCUUGGUGUUAGCAGAAAGAUUCCGGUUCAACCGUCGGUCGCAGCAAGAAAACGAAUCAGUUGCUAUGUUUGCAUUGGAACUAAAAAGGUUGGCUGCAUCCUGUGAGUUUGGCCAAUUCCUGGAUGACGCUUUGCGGGAUCGGUUCGUGGCCGGACUGAGAAACGAAGCAACACAAGCCGAGCUUCUCAAGAAGAGUACCCUGACGUUCCAAGCUGCUUAUGACCUUGCCAAAAGUGGAGAACUCGCUCGCACCGAAACAAGGAAGAUUCACCCUAAAGACCUCGGCAAGGUGAACCUGGUCCAGCAACCCCAACAAAGAAAACCAGAGGCCACCGCAUGGAGAAGGGCAGCGAGCAAGAACACGGAGCGGCAAGCCGGAUCAACGGAGUGUUUCCGUUGCGGAUCGGCGCAUGCCGCCGCAACCUGCCCCUUUCGCAAAUAUCGAUGCCGUGCCUGCAAAAAGGUGGGACACCUCGCAAGGGUCUGCAGAACGACGCCCCGUUCGGUACACGUCCUUGAAGAGAGCACUGGUUUAGAAGGCUCCGGUGACUCGGACGGUCGGCUGGCCUUCAAAGGUGUCUGA